UUUAAUAUACUUUCUUUACUCUCCUCUACCUCUGCUCUGCGCCCUGAGUUGGCGGGGUGGGGGUGUUGGUUCAAGCGGUUAGGAAGAGCAGGAAGCUCACCGUAGAACACCUUCCGCCCCGCCAAGGGGUGGUGGACACCGGCUCUGUUUGCAUACAUCCGGCUGCGGAGAGAGGUGGAGAGAUGGUACCUGCACCCUGAGUCACAGAGUCAGUUUGACACUGUUCGUUCCGAGCGGCAGUAACUUACUUACUUCCUUACUCACCAUGGCACGUACUAAGCAAACGGCCCGCAAGUCCACCGGUGGCAAGGCGCCCCGCAAGCAGCUUGCCACGAAGGCAGCUCGCAAAUCUGCUCCUGCCACUGGAAGUGUAAAGAAGCCCCACCGUUACAGGCCAGGAACCGUGGCCCUCCGUGAGACCCGCCGUUAUCAGAAGAGCACCGAACUGCUUAUCAAGAAGCUGCCUUUCCCGCGCUUGGUGCGUGAAAUUGCCCAGGAUUUCAAGACUGACCUCCGCUUCCAGUCCUCCGCUGUCAUGGCCCUCCAGGAAGCUUCCGAGGCUUAUCUCGUGGGUCUCUUCGAAGAGUUUUGUACAUUAUACAUUACAUACUUAGUACAAUAUUAGGCUAAAGAAGUCACAGUUAAUGCCUUCUAUCCGAAAGCCUGCCUCUGUUUGUCUGUCCGUAGCAGCCACUCAUUCACUGUACACUUGAACUGCUGCGUGGACCAGCAGCCCUCUACACUCGCU